AUGGCUGGGCUGGAUACUUCGGGUGUUGAAUGUACAGGGGCGGCCGCUGGAGCUGGUGCCCCUCGGAGCUCUUCUGGAAAGGGCUGGGGAAUAAUCCCAAGUUCAAUAGCUAUGACAAUGUGUUGGGCAUUUCUAUUAGUGGAAGCACUUCUACUAGUUGAAAUCAAUGUGGAGUUGCUCAAAAAGAAUAAAGUGAAAUUUGAAGGCAAUGAGCUAGAGAUCAUCUCCAUUAGAACAAUGGCUCAAGAAACAGGAGAAUGGGGUGGACUCUUCGCUACACUAACCUAUGUCUUCUUAGGGUACACUUCAAUGAUUGCUUACAUUUCCAAGUCGGGCGAAAUCCUCUGUCAUUUGAUCAAUCUCCCAGACUCAGAUUUGGGCUUUUUCUUCACUUCCCUCUUCACAAUUCUCAUCUCUGUAGGUGGGACUAAAGCCACUGAUCAAGUCAACCAAUGGCUCACUGCACUUAUGAUAGGACUGCUCGUGGUAAUCGAGGUUCUAGCCAGUGUAUAUGGAGGGUGGUCAGGAGAUGCCGGAAGCAGUGACUGGGGAAAAGUUCCAUCAACAAUACCAGUGUUGAUAUUCUCUUUAGUCUACCAUGAUCUAGCUCCAGUUCUUUGUGCUUACUUGGAAGGUGAUCUGAAACGAAUAAGGGCUUCAGUAUUGAUUGGUGGUCUGGUUCCACUCCUGGCAUUGCUUAUCUGGGAUGCAAUUGCCUUUGGCCUUUCAUCCCAGCUUGAUCAAGUUGCUGACCCUGUUGAAUUGCUUCUGAGGCUGAAAUGGAGUGGAUUGUCAUAUAUGGUACAAGCAUUCUCACUACUAGCUGUGGCAACAUCUCUAACUGGUACUCUUCUAAGUUUCUCCGAGUUUCUCAAAGAGCAAAUCAAUAAACUUGACUUGCAACCAGAUGUAUCCACAAGAUUAUAUUUACAGAGAUCAAAUUCUCAGCUCCGACUAAGCAAAUGGUGGAGAAGAAACAACUUAGGCUUCACAGCAACAGCAAUUGUCAUUGCUCCCCCUCUUCUUGUGUCGACAACAAUUCCAGAGCAACACCUGUUCUUCUAUCCAUAG